AUGGUGUUGUCUACUUCCAAGUUCGAGACUUUUUCUGUUCGUCCUCCCACUCCUCCAAAAGACCUCGACAAAGAGGUCAACGAAGCCCUAGAAUUCUUGGAUGAUCCCUUUGGCACCAAAUUACUUCUAAAUAGAAUUUCCACGUCCAAGUCGCACCUCAGUACUCCCGCGCAAUCACCCUCUUCUGAGACUGCGAAUUCUACCAAUUCUAGCAGCAGAAAGAAGCGAGUCAACUUCGAGAUCCCGACAUGCACGCUCCCUGCCACCAGCCUUGCCCCCCACCAUUGGACACCGCUUCAUAGCUCGCCCUUGAGACCUUUACCCCAGACUCGUGUGAGCAGGCCGUUAAAAUCUAUCCUCAAAGCCCACGAUCCAGCCUCCACACCCCCAACAACUGACGAAGGCUCCGUGGCACACAAGUUCGAAACACUCGCAGAUAUGUUGGAGUCAAUGGUCAAGAUGCUAGCCCAGGGUUCGAGGUCCUCUAAGCUCGAUGCGUACAUCACCUUGCAGCGGACGAUGCAAGCCUAUGAAAAGGUCCCAGACAUCCAGUCCCUCACGAUCAAAAUGGGGCUUUUGUCUCAAUUCAUACGGAGGGACAUGCAAGCGAUGAGCAUGACUGGAAGUGGGCCGGACUCGCAGUUGAUUGGACAGGCCAUUAAAUUUCUUAUGGUGCUGGUUAGGAUUGCCGACUUGAAAACUGCUAUGGAUGACGGUUUUUGUUCAUUUAUAGUUGAGCGAUGCAUCCAGGUCGCUGCAGAUGCCAGCAUGCCCAAGACGAUAAUCAACACUCACCUGGCCCUUCUGAUGCAACAAAACUUUCGCCCGAAGAUUAUGACAACUGUACGCGUAGAGAAGAUCCUCGACGUUUUUGACAAUAUCAACGACCGUGUCUCCGGAUUCUCCGUCCUUGCUUAUCGAAUCCGCGUCUACCGAAAAUUGAUACAACAACGCCCGGAAGUAAUGGCUAAACACACGGACAGAUGGUUCAAGCACACCCUCCAGGCUUUAUUAUCGUGCCAGAAAGACAUCAACCAGAGCGCAUUGGAUACUGCCAUGUCUGCAGCAAAAACAAUUGGGUCGGAUCCGCAGGUGACCAAGGCAGUUUUGUCAAUUCUGAACCGCGUAAAGACUGACGGAAACACCCUUGGUAAGGUCAUCGCUCAAGAGCUCGACAAAAUGUUAGGCUCCGAAGUGGCACCCUUGGUUCCCCAAAUAUGGGGCGUCGUCACCGCGUUCCUUCGAGAUUCGUUUGAUUUGAACAAGUUUACCGCAAUGUCUGAUUGGCUAGCGUUGCUUCAAAAGUUCUUCAAAUCAGACAACGACAUGGUCAAAGUCAACGCCAAUGUGGCUACCAACUUUUUGAUAUAUGCGGUCAACAUUACGCAGUCUAGCCCACGUAGUUGGUCAGAACUCUUGCUCAAGAUUCCCCAGCAGCAGCUCCAGCGUCGAAGCCACUGGAAAAAAGCCGAGGGCGAGGUGGUUACCGCGAGUUAUCUGGCCUUGCUCUACUACGGGUUGCGACCGACUGCAUCCUAUGAGCAGCUCGACCGGUACUGGAACGAGUUUGUCGCUGAUUUCUGGAAGCCAUUGAUCCACUCUUCCUCGUCGAAGUAUGCUGUGGUUUCAUGUCGUAUCGUGUCCAGCUUGUUGAACGGCUCCAGGAAAGCGUGGGAUGAACAGAGAGUAUUGGAACUCAAGAGCCAGUCAAUGGUGCAGCGAGAUGAGUUGCCAUUACUAGACCCAAAGUGGGUACGCAAAAACCUCUCAUCCAUCCUGAAAUUCGUGGAAACACUCCUGGAUGCCACGCCGUGGUUGCUCGAAACCGAGGAAAAUCAACCAGCCAAGACAGUGUGGAUAAGUCUCCUAGACUCACUGGUGGAGGCAAGUAGUAAAGAGGUAAUGGCGUCCACUGAAACGAAGGAUGCUCUAGCACACAUUGUCAAUCUGCUGCGCCGAAUAUGGGAUCGACAUACCUCCGAGCUUGCCAUUGCACAUCAGAAAGAAGUCAGCUGGGCGAAUAAGUUUUGUUUCCUGAUUGAGAAAGUGCUAGAAAAGUUAGGAACUUUUCAGUUCGCCGACAAAUGUCUCACAAGAAACGAAGAGAAUGGGCUUGAGCUCGCUGGAACACCCUCCAACCGUUCCCGACAAAAUGGACCAAGGAUAUCACCGCUUCUCUACUUCGUAGAUCUCCUCGUUAGUCGAUCCGAAGGGAAACUCUCAGACAAAGUCCGUUUUCAAGCCGUGCAGCUUAUUCUCGAGCCGUGUGUUAACGCUCGGAACACUCGCUUAGGGAAACUAGAGUUGCUUAGGGAUUGUUCAGCGGCCGUGGAUUCUUCGUCGAAGAACGCCGUCACGCUCAACUUCUGGGCUCGGAUUGCAAAUCAAACGAAAGCCUGUAUUCAAGAACGAUCGUCUGACGCGAACGAACGCCAGUCUCAACAGCUCGGUAAAGAGUACGAAGUCCUGGUCGAGAUUCUUGCGCUGGGUUCAAAGUUUCUUCUCGGUAGUCCCUCGGGACGAGAACUGUUAACUAGCUUCGUGGAGGCUGUCCGGCGAGAAGCAGGUGAAGGCGCCGUUGUGCUCGCAGUGAUCGAAAAGGUUUCUGAGCGUGUUCUGAGGCACACGGAAGACAGCAGCGUUUGCCUACCAUAUGCCACAACACUCCUCCAGAAUUUACCCAAGACCAUCGUGCGACGCAACCUCGACCAAGGACGACAAAGCCUCUGGCCAUCAUCUCAAAUUCCUGCACGAGGCCAUGAGUUCAACCCCUAUAACCAUUUCUAUGCUGCAAUUGUCUCCAUCGGGUCAGCAUCAUAUCAAACCGUUCAUGUUGGCGACUCCGAAAGCGUCCGAGAGUUCUUCUCAGCUCUUGCGAAUUCGAUUCAGCAGUGUCCACUAUCUUAUCUUGCUGUGUAUCUGCGCAGCAUUCAAGUAGGUAUAACACCGUGGAUCGAAGAUGCGGACAGGAAACUGCAGGGCAAAGAGCAGAGUGCCAAGCAUCUGUAUCGUGAAGUCCUUAACUUAUGGCAAGCUGUCAAUACUGCUUUGGAAAGAUUGCCUCGUAAGGACAGCUCAAUGCUCGUGGUCUUGGAGCCUCUUGUGACCGCCGGAUUUUCAAGCCGACGACUUAGCAUCGUCAACAUUUCGAUUACAACUUGGAAUGCAACUUUUGGUAAAGAAGAGAGUUUGCGAUACCCUUCUCGGCUUGAGAACAUUCUACGUCGAUUUCACAGCACCGUGAAUAUAUCCUUACCAUCGCUAUCUCUUAAGGAUGAGGAUGUGCAUGAAACCCCGUCCUUUUAUGACUCUGAUUCUCAAAUCGUUGAUUCGGAACGAGGCUUCCGAAGCCCACGCAUCAAAGAUUCCCCCUUCGAGAUCGUUAAAACCAUCCGCUCCUCGCGCUCACCUGCUGUCCCGAGCACCAGUACAAGAAGAAUGUCUUCUCGCCAUACACCUAAGGUUCGCCUUCGACAUGAGAAUUCCCAAAUACAAUUUGAGCCCAUUGUAUCGUCGCCAACCGACCCGCUCAACCAAGAGUCUCAAAUAUUGACCGAGCGACAGAUAGAGAUGAUAGAACGACAACGAGGCACAGCACAUAUCUUCUCAGAUGUUGCAUCUGUAUCCGAUCCCCAGCCACAAGAGAACGCUACGAGGGAACCUAGCAUGGAAUUCCACUCUGACCUGACCAGGGUUGAUGAUCUGCCGAGCGAGAAUUCCCGUACUCCUCUGAAGUCGCUUGCUUCCAUGGGCCCAAUGGACGUAUAUCUUGGGUCUUCACCAACGCCCCAAGCUCGUAAUCGUAGCCAACAAGUCUUGAGGGACGACACCAAUAUGGCGACACCAAAUGCGGUCCGAACAGUGCGGCUUGCAAAUGAUACGGAUGAUUUGGGCUCAUCCCCCCCGCGUUUCGAGUCACAAUUGAGACCCAGCACUCGUGUUUCCAAUAGCAACGACAAGAGCGAUGAUCUUGUGCGUGACAGCUUCGAUUACCAUCAACCUGAACAAUUUGAAGAUGACCAUUCCAUGAUCACUGACGAGGAAGAGACGGUUGAUGAGGGCCUCUUGUUACAUGUCGGCAGGCCUAUGGACCAGAAUGAAGUUGAUAGUUCCGAGGAUGAGUUGCCAACAGAUGAAGAUCCUCCUGAAGUGCCAAGUUCCACUGUCGAUCUACAGCUGACCGCUCAACUGACUGCAGAGCUCAACGCCCAGAUUGAGUCUACCGUCGGCAAAGAUUCAGGGACACUCUCUGGAACUCUGCAAGAGCCAAACAAUUUAUACGUUGAUGCACUCUCUCAGAAUCUACAUCCAGACACAAUUGAACACAAGGAUGUUGCAGCCCACCCUUUAGGGGCCCCAGAAGAGUCUCUAGACUCUGAUAACGAGCCUGCUAAUGCUGCCGAGGGUGAAGAUACUCAGAAAGAGGCCGGGACUAUCUCUAGCGGAACUAGCCGUGUGGGAGACUCAUUCUUAAGCAUGGAAGCAGCCAAAGAGCCAACCGAACUUCCUGACACACAGGUAGAAAGCCGUCGCCGGUCUUCCCGAACUUCUGUCCUGUCUAGUCCGAGGCGGCAUGGCGGCACAAAAAGGCGGAAGCAAUCGACUGCUGAUAGCAUGCGCAAAUCUAAGAAGAGUAAGACUACGGAAGCUGUUGAACUACUACAAACUUUGCCAGAGUCUUCCAAGGAGAAUCCUGACGAUGACGAUGACGAUGACGAUGACGAUGGCAUAUUAGAUUGCAUUGUCGUUCAUGUCAAACCCACUAGCAAUCCUCUGAUCAAACCUGAACCCAGCUCCGCUGUGUCGUCACCGGCCAGCAGGAAGAUUGAGAAGAAGGGCGAUGCUCAUAAUUUGAAGAAAUCCAGAUGGAGUACGCAGGAGUUACCGGACAGCCAGGUUGUCAUGUUGGCAUCCGCCUCUCGGAAACGACCCGCUCCUCGAUCAAUGCCAGCUCCUGCCCAGGUGGAGGCACAUUCUGCGGACAUUCUUGUGGAGAACACGCCGGCACCCAAGAGGGCACGAAAGAGCCUGAGUCAAGACGUAGGAACAGCCAAAGCCACAGCCUCAACAGACUCAAGCUCCCAAGUCAAGCGCCUCAGUCACGUUCAAGUCACGCCCAAACGCGCCCCCCCGCAGUCAGCUUCUUCAGCUGCUGGUUCGUCAAGACCAACUGUGGUCGAAGAGAACGACAUCACAAUCGACCACGCACCAAUCCAAUCAGACGAGGCAUCCGUGUUGGUGGGCGAACAGAAUACAGAUGUGGCACGCCAGAGUGACACCACAGCCCCUCUCAAAACGGAACAACCCCAGUCACAGCAUGGCUCUGAAAGUGUGGCAACACCGAACCGUUCGUUCACUGAACGGGUCAUUCUCACCCCGAGAAGCGUUCUUGGGCGGCUCAGGAAAAUCAUUUCCGAUUGCUCGCAGAUGGUACUGGGCCGCGCCGACGAGAGAGAGUUCGAUGAUGUCUUGUUCGAUCUAAGGCGUCAAGUUCACGCUGCAGGCAGGCGAAGCGAGGAGGGCCAGUAGAUGGAAAAGUAUGCUCGACAGAUUG